GGGGAGGACUGGCUGCUUCUAGACCAGCAAACGUUCGAAAACAAGCGACAGCUGUACCGUAGCUAAGCUAGCCGCUUCCCCCUCUCCCCCUCACCAAAAAGAAAAAAAAAAAAAAAAAAAAAACACGACUCGGGUUAGCUGUACCAUUGCGCGUCUGAAUGUGUGCAGAUAAAACACUGCGCCUUUUGCACUGACUUGAGCCUUUUAUGCAACCCACCCUGCUCGCCAGGCACGACGAUGUCCGACGCUAACAUCGCUUCUACAGACAACAACGGAGACUCGGGGCUAAACGGCUCCUGGGUAGAGUUGGAGAUGAACAGAAAUCAUCAAGCCCAGUCAUCGUCCACAGUUGGCUCAGUUUCGGGCCUGCUGCCUCUCCCUCAGGUGGAGGAAGAGGAGGCCAUAGUGGGAGGCCUGGAGCAUGUCCCAUCCUCUUCUUCAAUCCACAACGGAGACAUGGAGAAAAUCCUGUUGGAUGCCCAGCAUGAAUCGAGCCGCAGUAACUCCUCCUGUGACAGCCCCCCACGGCCCCACUCUCCCCAGGAUGAGGGUCAGAUCAUCUUUGAUGCGGACAGGAGGGACAGCCAGUCUGAAGAGGAUGUCUUGGACAAGGAGAAGGACAUGGACAUCUUGAUGAAGGAUGCAGAUUGGGUUGCGGACUGGUCUAGUCGACCGGAAAACGUUCCCCCCAAGGAAUUUCAUUUCCGCCACCCCCGCCGCUCAGUAACGCUCAGCAUGAGGAAGACUGGGGCCAUGAAGAAAGGAGGCAUCUUCUCUGCUGAGUUCCUCAAAGUCUUCAUCCCCUCACUGCUGCUAUCGCACAUCCUUGCUUUGGGGCUGGGUGUCUACAUUGGAAAGAGACUGACCAUGCCACCCACCAGCCCUUUAUGAGCCUGAAACUGAAGAAAAGUGCCUGAGAAGUGGGCAAGCGUUGGAGAAAGUUUUUCUGUUGUGAGAAGAAUGCCUGUCUCUCCUCCCUCUGUCCCGCUUGCCCCUGCUUCCCCUCCUCAACCCUGAGAUGUGACAUGUUCUCAGGAGAAAUGCAUCCUCUCCUCAGCCUCCCCUCCUUCCUCACUUUUUUUUUUUCUUGAUCUGCUGUUCUCUUAAUGUCUGUUGAUACUCUCCCCCCCACCCCUUAAAAUAUCCUUCACUAAUUUGCAUAAACUUUUCAAAAAUUAAUAAGGUCAUAUUUCCUUUUCCUCAUCAGUUGGGUUUUAAUGUUUAUAAUGCAUGGGUUUCCAGGGAGGGUUGCAGCAUCAAACCAAACUCUUCUUCUGCACAUGCUGUUGUAGUGCCCUUUUGACUAUCUGACAACAAGGGAGGACUGUUAUAGAACUGACCAGAGAUUGUGCCACCUGAAGGUGUAGCCCAGCACUUGACCUUUGAAAGCAAAUUCAGAGUCGGCUACGCAGACCGAAAAUGUGAUCAUGCCUUUUUCAAAGUAGCCAUUUUCUUUAGAUAAUAUCAUCUUUUUUUUUAAUAAUUUAUUUUGUAAUGGUGGUGGUUUAUUGAGAUAUUUUAAAUAACGAAAGGCGUUACCACAGUGGCCAACCCAUACCACAAGCUCUCAUGAAUUUCACUGGAGGAGUCGGGUUCUGUCUGCCAUGAGAUUUAUGUGACCGUUUUUGUGCUCCUGAUUGCAUAUUUUGCUUGGUGACAAGAACCGGAAAACAGGUUGUAGAUGGAGGCAGGCACCGCAUCCCGUUCGGUGUGUACACUAACAGUAUUUUUGUGGUUGGGUAACAGUGGUGUAUGUUUCAGGAAAGGUUCAUCCGUUUGUCCAAACUGUGAGUGUCCAAGUUGUCCUUUUCAGUGAGCCUCCUGGUUUCUGUGCAGCAUAACCAGUCAUUUCCUGCUUAUUUUUACUCCAGACUGGGCUGGACAUUGCAUGAUACUGCUGACUAAUAGUUUCAAAUUAGUGUGCGUUUUAUGUUGUUAAAGGGUUCAAUACCAAAAGGCCUAAAAAUUAGAUUUUGAUUUGAGAUAGUUAGACAUUUGCUUUGAGGACAUUUGAGUGUUUCUAGAGGGUAUCUCAUGAAAUAAUUUACUUUUAUACAAGGAAAUUUACUUCCAAAGAUUUUAGAGCCAUUAAGGAAAAUAAUAUAGCCAGUCCUGCUUCCUGACACUCUAACAAGUCUGCCAAAAAUGAAAAUCAAGUUGAAGUAACUUCAUGAAGCUCCAGAUGAAGGGAUCAGUUUGGAUGGGCAUAAGAUGCCCAGUGGUUCUAAAUCCUAUAUGUGUUUGUCUUACUCGCGUGAUGCUGAAGCAGCUUCUGACUCACCGAAGGAAAGUUUGUGCACGCAGAGGCCAUACUGUUAGGACGGCUGCAGCACGGAUGGGAGAACUCGAUAUCAAACCCCGGCUUUGCUGCAGUAUUUCUGAGGCUCAUCAGUUUGUGUCUGAGCCAACCUGGGUCCAGAUCACUUAAUGUCAGUUGGUGUUUUUGCAUCACAUACAAGAGUUCAUUUGGAGUUGACGUGUACUCCACCAGCAGCAGUUGUUUUUUUAUAAGUCACUGAGGAGUAAAUUAGCUUAAGUGUCUUUAAUUUUUCUUCCCUUUAUCCACUUGUUCUAAGUCUACUUUGUUGAUAGAUGUUCAGAUUUCAGUAUGUAACACCACAAGGAAACCUGUAAGGUAACAUACAGUAUGUUUCUUUUGAUGACACAAAGUCAAGUAUAAGUGCAACAAAUACUGACAAAGAGUUGUUCCCUUUUCAAAAAUGGAUUUUAUUGUGAAAUGUUACUUUACAAAAAAAAAAAAAAAGACGCGCAAAACCCUUAGAGAGGAUACAGGGACAUUUGAAUCUUCAUCAUGAAUGUUGACACAAGCUAACUUAAAGACUCACUAAGAGCCAACAGCGGACUUUCAUUUCAGCCACAGAGAUACUAACCUCUUCUUUCUGCCUGUGUUUGUACGUGCAGCAUUUCAAAGUGGUGAUUUGGUUCCUUCUAUCCUGUGUAGUUUGUUUUUGAAUUUUUUUUUUUUCCCUCUCUCCUCUCUUGGUGUUGGACAAAGAUUGUGAACGCACAGCACGGGAGUCAUGUUGGACCCCGAUCAUGAUUUAAAGUGUGAAAACAAAGACCCCCAUUGUUGAUGGCAGGGCCUAAUGUGAAUAGAAAUGGAAGGAGCCGAAAGUCUGAUGGUAUAAAAGUGUUUAUUGUAAUGCUAUAUUUGCUUUAAUUUCUUUUUUCCCACUACAUUGGAGAAGUUAAUGAACAUUUUGUCAUUAAAGACUACCUUCAUAAAGCAA